AAUGAUUAGUGCGUAUCUGUUCUUAAAACUUGUUUUCGAAACAUAGUAUGUUAAUGUCUCUUCAAACUCAUUUUGGUCUGUAACAUUUUUUUCAAAAAUUAAAGCAGUAAAGCACAAACAUACAUUUGAAUCUUAACAAAACAACAAAGCCAACCGCUUUAUAAAUUCAUUUUCCAGUGUCUCAAAUCUCACCUUCAUAGCUCAUACCACUCUCCACUGUUUCUUUUCCUCCCUCUAAUUUUGUUUCAUUGGUGUGACAAAAGCAAAGCUAAGUAUCAAGUAGCAACAAUGGUGGUGAAGAAGCCGCAAAUUGUGAUAAUUGGAGCAGGAAUGGCAGGCCUCACUGCUGCCAACAAGCUUCACAGUGUGAGUGCCUCAAAGGACUUGUUUGAGGUGUGUGUUGUUGAAGGUGGAAACAGGAUUGGUGGGAGAAUCAACACAUCAGAGUUUGGUGGUGACCGAAUUGAGAUGGGUGCUACUUGGAUCCAUGGAAUUGGAGGCAGCCCAAUUCACAAAAUAGCUCAACAAAUCCAUGCACUUGAGUCUGAGCAACAUUGGGAGUGCAUGGAUGGGAAUGAGAAUAAGGCCACCACCAUUGCUGAAGGUGGCUUUUUGGUAAACCCUUCCCUUGUUGACCCCAUCACAAAGCUUUUCAACAAUCUCAUGGAUCAUGCUCAGGGAAAGAUACCAACAACAACAACAACAACAACAAAGGGUCACUGUGGAAAACUUAGUGUUGGCUCUUUUCUCAGACAAGGCCUCGAUGCUUAUUGUGGUUCAUCAAAAGAGGAAGAGGAGCUCAAAGGGUUUGGAAAAUGGAGUAGGAAGUUACUUGAUGAAGCAAUCUUUGCAAUGCAUGAGAACACCCAGAGGACUUAUACAUCUGCUGCUAACUUGUUCACUCUGGAUUAUGCAGCAGAAAGUGAAUGCCAAAUGUUUCCAGGUGAAGAAAUCACAAUUGCUAAAGGCUACUUGAGCAUAAUUGAAUCUUUGGCUUCUGUGCUACCACCUGGUUUGGUUCAGUUGGGAAGAAAAGUCACAAGAAUUGAAUGGCAGCCCGAUAGACACGAGGCGAUGAAUUUGGAAAAUGGAAGAACAUGCUCUAGGCCUGUGAUGCUACAUUUCUGUGAUGGCUCUAUUAUGUCUGCGGAUCAUGUCAUUGUCACAGUUUCACUUGGAGUGUUGAAGGCUUCUAUUCGUGAUGAUGAUUCAGGUAUGUUGAUGUUUAAUCCCCCUUUACCCUCUUUCAAGGCCGAGGCUAUUUCAAGGCUUGGUUUUGGUGUUGUUAAUAAGUUGUUUAUACAAUUGAGUGAGCCUCCACAUGAGAGAAAAGACGAACAUGAACACUCCAAAGGGUUCCCCUUCUUGCAAAUGGUUUUUCACUCACCUCAAUCUGAGUUGAGGCACAAGAAAAUACCCUGGUGGAUGAGGAGGACAGCUACCCUUUGUCCCAUUUACAACAAUUCUAGUGUCCUCCUAUCUUGGUUUGCUGGGGAAGAAGCUUUGGCACUAGAGUCACUCAAAGAAGAAGAGAUCAUUGAAGGGAUUUCAGACACAAUUUCAUGCUUCCUAUCACAUUCACUUGAGUUUUGCAACGGGAAUGUGAAUUCUGAGAAGUACUCUCACGAAUACAAGGUGAAAUUCAGUAAAGUGUUGAAGAGCCAGUGGGGAACAGAUCCAUUGUUUUUAGGCUCAUACAGUCAUGUGGCAGUUGGAUCAAGUGGUGAUGAUUUAGAUACAAUGGCAGAGCCAUUGCCAAAAUGCCACAUUUCUGCUUCACCCCCACUUCAAAUCUUGUUUGCAGGGGAAGCAACCCACAGAACCCAUUAUUCUACAACUCAUGGAGCUUACUUCAGUGGCCUUAGGGAAGCCAAUAGGCUUCUUCAACACUAUUCACUGUGUUAAGACUCGUAAUAUAACAACUUUGUAUUGUUUCUUUCUCCCCUUUUAAAAUUGUUAUCAUUAAUUUGUAUGAAAUUAUUCUUAUUUUUCUCUUUGGGGGAAAUUAGUAAGUGAUUGUCAAAAAUUGAAAAUUAGAAGUGGCAAGAUGAAAAGUGAGAUGGGGACAUUCAGCUGUACUAUAAGAGCAAUUAUUCCACAUAUAAUUGCUUUCUUUUAAUCUAUUUGGGCGUCGUUUCUUUUUGUUUCAGAUCUUGUAAAUCAUUAAAACAAACUACAAGGUGUCCUUUUGCUUGAAUUACGAAUCUGAUGUGGAACAAAAACUUUAGAUACUA